AUGAUGGAUAAAGAAAAUUCAGUUGAAAAAUCAUUUAAUGGCUCUAAUAUCUUUAUUACAGGAAUUUCUGGGUUUUUAGGAAAAGUACUUGUUGAAAAAUUAUUAUAUGAAUGUGAUGGUAUUGAAGGUAUUUAUUGUCUUAUUCGUGUUAAAAGAGGACAAAAACCAAGUGAAAGAUUAGAAGAAUUAAUUAAUGGAACAUUAUUUACACGUAUUAAAGCUAAAAAUCCAUCAAUUUUAAAUAAAAUUCAUGUUAUUGAGGGAGAUCUUUUACAGCCAAAUCUUGGAAUGAGUAAUGAAUCAAUACAAUUAUUACAAGAAAAAAUAUCAAUUGUUUUUCAUUGUGCUGCAACAGUUAAAUUUGAUGAUAUUUUACGUGUCUCAUUAACAAUGAAUCUUAUUGGAACACAUAAACUUGUUGAAAUAUGUAGAAAUAUGAAAAAUUUAAAAAGUCUUGUUCAUGUUUCAACUGCAUAUGCUAAUUGUCAUUUAAAUGAAACAACAGAAGAAGUAUAUCCAUCACCUGUUGAUCCACAACAAUUAAUUAAUGCCUUAAGUUGGAUGGAUGAUGAUAUGUUAGAAAUGGUAACACCUAAAUUAUUAAAUCAACGUCCAAAUACAUAUACUUUUACUAAAGCAUUAGCCGAAACUCAAUUUAUAAGAGAUGCUAAAAAUUUACCCGCAAUUAUUGUUAGACCAUCAAUUAUAGGAGCAUGUUGGAAAGAACCACAUCCUGGUUGGACUGAUAAUUAUAAUGGUGCUACAGGAAUAAUAUUUGCUGUUGGUAAAGGAGCUAUUAGAGUUAUGCCUGGUGAUGUAAAUUGUAAAGCUGAUAUUAUUCCUGUUGAUAUAGUAUCAAAUAUGUUAAUUGUUUCUGCUCAUUAUAGAAUGAAUAUGACAUCAAAUGAAAUACCAGUUUUUCAUUGUACCUCUGGUGAGUUAAAUCCACUGAAAUGGAAAUUUAUAAAUGAGUAUUGUAAUCAAUGUUUAACAACAUAUCCAAUGAAAGAUCCAAUUAGAAUACCAUAUUGCAUAAUGACAACAAAUCACUUAAUGUUCUUAUUUGAUUUCUAUUUAAGAUGUUAUACACCAGCAAAAAUACAUGAUUUUAUCGGUGGUUUUAUUGGAAAGAAGCAAAAUAAUGUUAACAAUUAUAAUAGAGUUUAUAAAAUGAUUAAAACAUUAGAAUUUUUUACAACAAAUGAUUGGAAUUUUAAAUCUGAAGGAUUAGUAAAUUUAUGGAAUACAUUAUCUAAAAAUGAUCAAGAAAAAUUUAAUUUUGACAUUCGUCAAGUAAAUUGGGGCAAUUAUCUUUUUGACUAUAUCAUUGGAAUUCGUUUAUAUUUACUGAAAGAAACUAUUUCUGAUUUAAAUCAAUCAAAAUUUAGAGUUAAUAGUCUAUGGAAAAGAAAUCUAUUUUAUUCAUUUAUUUUUUGGGGAUUCAUUGUUAGAUUAACUGCUUCAAAAACAACACCAAAAAUAAAAAUGUUCCUUUGGCUAUUUGGAAUUAUUGCACAUGUUAUUGGAAGAAAAUAUUUUAUCACCACAAAACAUAGAAUUUCAACAAUUGAUCAAUAUAUGAAACGAGCUUCAAAAACAUAA